UUGAGAGCUCAUUUCCUUUUAGUGCUGAAUAAUGUUACAUUGCCUGGAUGUACCAUGGUUUACUUAUUAAUUCACCAAAUGAAGGACAAGUUGGUUGCUUCCAAGUUUUUGAAAUUGUGAAUAAAGCUGUUAUAAACUUCCAUGUGCAGGUUUUUGUAUCCAUGUGCAGGUACACAAGCUUUUAAUUCCUUUGGGUAAAUACCGAGGGGUACAAUUGCUGGAUCGUAUGGUAGGAGUAUGUUUAGUUUUGUAAGAAACUGUCCAGCUGUCUCCCAAAGUGACUGUUCCAUGUUUGCAUUCCCACCAGCAAAAGAGGAAAGCUCUUGUUGUUCCACAUCCUUGUCAGCAUUUGGUGUUCUCAGUGUUACAGAUGUCUGGCCAUUCUGAUAGACCAGGAUAGGUAGGUGGACAGCAGAACAGUGUGGCCCUGCAGAAGCUGAAGCCUGACACUCCUUACACCAUCACCCUGUCCUCCCUGUGUUGUGAUGUGGAAGGAGGUCGGGUGACAGGAAGAAGCAAUACCAGAUAACACAGACAAAUGAACAAACUAUGCUCUGAGGCCAAGAUACCUUGUGGAGGGAUGAGACAUGUACCUGAUGAUCACAUUUUUUCCUUUAUUCACUACUUCAACAGAACCUUUGAAUACCUCGGUGUACGACCCUUCCACCAGCACUUUUAAUGUUCGCUGGGAGCACACAGAGCAAAAUCCUCAUCAGUACAAGCUCUUCUAUGCACCCACAGCAGGUGCCAAUCCCUGGGAAUACCAAUGAUGCCGUUCUUAGGAAUCUGCAGCCAGAUGUCCCAGACACCGUUACAGUGGUUCCCCUUUAUCCUGAGGGCGAUGGAGGGCGUACACCAGACACUGGAAGGACAUGGAAUGGUGAGAGGACUGGCCAGAAAUGUCCAAGUGUACAAUCCACUGAACAGCGGGGACAUUGGCUGGACCCUGCCCCUGGCUGGUGCAGCAGCACCACGUGUGUGCGCUCCCCUGGCUGGCACGAGGCCCCCGGAACCUGAGAGAGAGGGCAAGACCAGGAGAAGACAGGUCCAGGUGAGGGCAGGUCCAGGAGAGGGCAGGCCAGGACUGCACUACACUUAGCCUGCGCCAGCGGCCAGUCAUCAGUGGUGGCUCUCCUUAUCCAGUGGAAGUGUGACCUGGAUGCUCGUGAUGAGGAAAGCAAGACAGCUCUCAUCAAGGCUGUACAAUGCCAGAAAGAAGUGUGUGUCACUAUCCUGCUGAAACAGGGUGCUGACCCAAAUCUUGCGGACAACUGUCAGAACACUGCUCUGCAUUACGCCGUCUUGGCUGAAGAUACAUCAAUUGCAGCAGAGCUGCUCCACUAUAAGGCAAACAUCGAGGCGAUAAACCAGUCUAACUUCACACCAUUUUUAGUCGCCGUCAGGGAGAACAAAGAAGAGAUGGUCAAAUUUUUGAUUGAGAACGGGGCAAAUGUACAUGCAGUCGACAAGAUGCAAAGAUCAGCGCUCAUGCUUGCUGUGUUUCAUGACUCACCGGACACAGUCAAGCUGCUGCUUCAGAAGCACGUUAAUGCCAGUUCUCGAGAUUUACACGGAAUGUCUGCUGAAAGAUAUGCUUGUCGUAAUGGUUUUAAACAGUAAGUGUUUACAUUAAAAUGGCAGUUAUCUGUAAAUUGAGGUUGAAAAUGACCUAACUGUUACUUGUUACAUGACAGGUGAGAGUUCCUAGUUGGGAGCAGGCACUUUGGGGAUGGCAGUGAGACCCUCCCCAUCACCAGCUGGAAACCAGCAAAAGGCCAGACUAGUGAGAUGGAGCAGUGGGCACGGGGUUCUUUAUCUCAGGGUUUGUAAGACCUUUAUCCUUAGGGUCCUACUGGUCUCCAUUUCAUUUCAGUGUAACCCCUAUGAAUGGGGUUCAAGUAAUGUCACAUAUCUGAUUUUUCUAACUAGUCAUUUGGGUCUUGAAAUGUUUAGCAGAGCAGAAAAUCCUGUAUUUUCCUUUGGGGGCUUUCUUCUAUAAUCUUCCUGUUGAAUUUUUCAAGAACAUAAGGGAUUCCCUAAGGCCACAGUGACAAUCCUCUCCCAAAGACAUUGGGGCAGGGCGAGGGCAUGCUAAUCGUUCUCUUGUUUCCCUUGAUUCUGUUGCUGCAGCGUUGGUACUAAAACUAGUUUUAACAGGAUCUCCUUGGCAGCUGAGUCUGGGUCUGGAUGUUGCUCUCUAAAGACCUUUAAUAAAAUUUUAAAAGAAGAAAAGGAAAAAGAAACUGGUCGUGCAGUCGGGUCAUGACUGACCUCUGCUCCCGGGAUGCCUGUGCUGAUCCAGUUUCCGCGGUCUUCGUGGCGAUCGACACGUAAACUUCGGCGUGACAGCUUGUUUAGUUCUCAUACAUAUGCUUGUAUGAGGUCAUAUAUUUAUAAAUGAGUUUAGCUACAAGUUAUAUAGUAGCUGAGGUGUCCUGAAUUAUAAACCACGAAGAACAGCUAAUCACCAUAAUUUGUAACAUUUUCUGAAAACUGCCACAUCUAAAUGUUACACCUAUAAAAAAAACACACAUUGGGUUUUAUUUGGGAUUCUCAAAUAGUUCCAGCAUUAAAGUUCAAGAACAGAUUAUUCCAUUCUUCCCCUAUUUCUCUCAGCAUCUGAGGAAUACAUUAUCUCAUUAAAUCUUUGUAAUAGUCUUAUGAGUAUUAAUAACUAAUUGCCUAACAAGACAGUAAGAUCCCAGUUUUAUAAAGGAAGACUUUGAGCUGAAGAGAAGCCCCUUUUCCAGGAACAAAUAGCUGUUGGUUAUAGAGCUGGGACUUCUGAGUUCGAGACACUUACCUUAUGUCAGGCUCGCUCUAGUUUACUUACUGAGCUGUACUGCCCUCAGUUCAUGACUACUUCACCUUCCUUUUUUUUCUUUUUUAAUUAUACAUCCUAAAUUUAAAAGUGUAGAUUGUACAAGUUUGAAGUAUAUGGGACAGUUGAAGUUUUGAUAUUACCUCUGAUAUUGUCUGAAAUAAUCUAAGAAUUUAAUAUACUUGGUAAUUGUUUUUGAUAUUAGUAUUCAAGUAGUAAUAUUUAUUUAUCCCAUUUUUUUAUACACAGCCUUUACCAGCUGAUUGUCGACUACACAGAUGGAAAUAUAGCAACUACUCCCCCUCAAAAUACCGACCUAGGACAGAGUUCUGCUAAGAAGAGAUUACCUUCUUCGCGUACUGGGGCAGAAAACAUCAAAGAAAAGUUGCAAUUGUCUGGCAAGGACGACAAAGAAGAAAUGGUUGUCGAGUUGGGAACCAGCAAUGGCAGCCGCAUGGAUCCACUGAAGAAUGUUGAGCAGAAGAGUAAGAAGAUUCGACCGGAUUUAGUGGUUGAGGUUUCACCGAGGAAUGAAGAUAUCUCUGUCAUCAGCGUUUCACCCAAACAUGAUAUUGAUGAUUCAAGGCCUCCAUCAGAUGAUGACUUAGCUCUUACUCCCAAGAGUACCUCCGAGAUUCAACUAUGGAGCCAUGUUGGUCAUUUAUCUGGAGCUGCAGGUCUAGGAGAAAAAAAUACAUUAAAUGGACAAAUAGAAAAUUCUGAUAGGUUAUUGAAAAUUCAGGAUCCAGUUGAUUCAUUCCGAUCAAUAGAACUUAAAGAAUCUUACUGCACACAACUUAGAGGAAAACUUAAAGAAAUGGAAAAGAAUGUGAACUGGCUACACACAGAGCUGCUGAAAACAAGAGAAGCAAAAUCACAGUUAAAACUUCAAAAUAUGGAGUGGGAACGAGAGCUCCGCCACAUGAGAUUCACAUUAGAACAAGAAACAAAGAAGAAGAAAAAUGCUUAUACAUUAUAUGAAAAACCUGAGGAUGAUUUAAAAAGAAAAGAGAAACAAGACAAUGAGCAAGUUUUCCUGAAGCAACAGAUUGAAAGCACUGCCCGAGCACUAGAAUGCAAACCGAAGGGCGUAAGGAAUAAACCAAAUCAGGUUUUAGAAGAGCGAAAUGACGCUGAGAGACAACGUUCUCGACUGCAGAAUGCCAGAGUAAUACAAGAUGACAUCCUGGCCCAUCAUCUUUCCCAACAAAAGGAGGCAGAAAAGGCUAAUAAGGAAAUGAAUGCUGAGGACACGAUGGAUUUUAAGCUGUCUGACCCAAAAGAUAGCAGCGAGGUGCUUCCUCAGCAAGUUCCUGAAGCUGAACGUCAAUUCCGUGGCCCAGAAAUUGAGCUCCAUCCCAGGAAAGAUGCUCUUAGACCAACGACGUUGUUAUUAGAAUGCGUGCAUAGAGACCGAGGCCAAGCCCAGCGUUCAAACAAGGAAACUGAACCCUUGUCUCAGAGCAAACAAGGGGAAUUCAGCAAAUACAUUGGAAAGCAGAUGUUCUUGAAGGAGACAAUAUGUAAACUACAAAGUGAAAACACGUUGCUUCGACAGCAACUGGAAGUUGCUCAAAAUGAAGGCAGAAGCGAAGAGACAAUACUUAAUGCCCCACAGCUGUUUCUGGAUCACAUGGGAAAACUUGAAGCCAUGAGCAGACGAGUUCUGAUGCUGGAGGAAGGAAACAAGGAGUUAAUCGAUGAAUGCAGAUGUUUAAAGCACAGACUGUGUCAGUAUGAAACAGACAGAGCAGAAAUGGAAGCCCAUAUCAGACAGCUUGAACAAGAACUGACUGACACCCGAAAGAGAGUGUCCAUGUUGGAAGCGUCCCUGGAGGUGACAGCACAUCAUAAGACUAAUUCAGAAAACAAGAGACGGGAUGGAGAGAGGAAGUCACAUCAAACUGCGAAUCCAAAUGCUGAUCUGCCAGCAAAAGAGGAGUCUACAUCUUCAGUAGUUCUCCAUCUGAGUGCAGAAACUCAGCUUCUUCUAAAGGAGUUGUUACCUGUGAAAGAGUUGCAAAGGAAAUGUGAAGCACUAGAGGAGGAGAAGAAGAAGUUGGAGGAAGAAGCAGUAAAUCUGAGGCGUCACCUCGAAAUGAACCCAGUGGAACGCAGCCAAGUGGAGCAUUACAAGCGGGAGCCUGGAGAGCAAGCAAGACGGGAUGCAGUAGAAGCACUGAAAGAACUCAGGCGAGCUGUGCAGCACAGACAGGAAACUGAAGAACAAGCAAGACAUGAUGUAGUAGAGAAACUAAAAGAAAUCAGCCAGUUUUUACAGGCACAAGCAGGAUUUCAAGAAAACGUGUUGAAAGAGUAUAAGCGUGCUUCAGUUAGUCAAACGGAACCCAGAGUUAAAGAUCUGGAGCCUGAACUUAAAAGUGAUUGUAAUGAAAACAGAUUGGAAAAAUACAAACAACUAUACCUGCAAGAGCUAGAAAAUAGAAAGUCUUUGGCAAGUGAACUUACCUCGGUUAAUGAGAGGCUGGCCGAGGUGAGCACUAAGCUUCUGCUGGAGAGACAGCACAGGAGCUCUUUCCCUGGCUUUGUUCCUGCAAGGCCUGUUGGCGCACCGCCUUCUGCUGCAGGUACUAGCGUGGAGGCCAAAAGGAGUCCUACUCAAAGAAGGCGCUUCAGGACUUUUUCCGACCCUUCAACUAACUUGAGCGUUCCCUUGUUCCGGAUGCGGAAGUAGUUGGAGAAUAAUACAGAUAAAGAAUUAAAAGAAGCUACUACUGAACUCGGAUCUAAGUCCUAGAGACUCUCUCACAGCCUUGAUGGACGAAUCAAGUCUAAGUCCAGAUCUGGUUUCGAAAGCACGUGAAGAAUAUGUGGAGAUUUUGAAGAAUAAUUAUAUGAUGUGCAAGAUAAAUUGUAAACAUUUACCUGCUGGGCUGUUUGCUUAACAUUUUAUUUACUUUCCAUUAUGUAAGAUACUGACCCUGUUUAUUAAGGGAAAAUACUCUUGCAUUCUAUGGGCAUGAUUAAAAUUGAUGUAGUAUUUUAAA